AUGGCUGUGGUAGGAGGUAAGGAGGUGGUGCCAAACCUUCUUCAAGAUCUUGGAAAAGGCUGUUUCGUUCACUUCGACAAAUUGCUGAGUCAGUCCCUCUUCAAGAGCAACGUAUCGCGACGACGUCUUGGAAACGGAAUGUGGAUGUUGCUGCAUCACCCUCUUCUUGUCAAGAAGGGUGGAGAGCCGUAA